GUCUGUGUCGCUGUGUUACCUCUACAACUGAGACCGAAUUGUCUUUACAUUACAUACAAAUUGGAGGCAACAGUAACGCCAAAGAUUAACAUGGAUGCCUAAGUAAGCCAUGGAGGUCCGUUGCUGUUCUAUGAAAAACACUUGUGCUUGGUCGUCGUGGAUUGAUGCAAUCAACAAUUCUGAGUUGGACGUCAACCAGAUCCACGAGCCAGGCAGACAGUAUAUUUGGGAGUCAACGUAUAUAUUUCUGUACAGGAAUCCAGUUAGUCAACAACGAAACAGUGUACUGAGAGAGAGAAAGAUCAGGGCUCCCGAGCGUAAAUAGAGAGCCAGGGAAUUUGUCCGCAGUGCACAUCACAUGAAGGGUACUUGGACUGGUGCACAGCAAAGAUUCAUCCUGUACGCGAUAAUGGGAGGGAUGCUCACCUACUA